CCGGCGGCUCCGGCUGUGCUGCCAGUCCGUGCGUCCCGCCGGGCCCGGCCGGCUCCGGCAGCUGCGGCGGGCGGGGCGGCGCGGGGGGAGAGGAACCGUGUCUCCCCCCGAGCGGGCCCGGCGGUGGCAGGUGAGGUGAAAAAUCCUAAAGAUGAACAGCAAUGCACUACACGUGUCUUCAGAGCUGCCUUGGCUAGAAGUGGAAUGUAGUUUCCUGACAGAUCUUCUUACAAGGAAGUUGUAAAUCCGUUCUAAUGGCCAACAAGAAAGAGCCUCCUUUUUUUAAUAAAGAUAAUAUGGGACCAUUUCACUACAAACUUCCUUUCUAUGAAACUAUGGAGCUCUUCAUUGAAACGCUUACAGGAACCUGCUUUGAACUGCGAGUUUCCCCCUUUGAAACAGUUAUUUCUGUGAAAGCUAAAAUUCAAAGACUGGAAGGUAUUCCUGUCUCUCAGCAGCACUUAAUUUGGAAUAAUAUGGAACUGAAGGAUGACUAUUGUUUGGAUGAUUAUAACAUUUCAGAAGGCUGCACUCUGAAGUUGGUUCUGGCUAUGCGAGGUGGACCUGUUAACACCAGAAGAGUUCCUGUGAAAGACCCUAUUAGGGAAAUGGCUGAAUACAUGGAUCCUGCUAGAGACAAGGUCUGGGAGAAAGGGCCGUCCAACAAACAAGUCACCUUCUUAGUGUAUCGCGAAGGAGAUCGCUUGAAUUUCUUCCGUGUGGUUGACCGGGGCGAUGGCACUUUAACACCACUGUCUGAAUCUUUGAGUGGUGGUUCAGUUUAUAAUUUAUAUGCUGAUGAUGAAGAUGAGACAGAGGCAUCACCUUCUGGCCAACAGAUUAUUGAGAAUUCAAUUACUAUGAACAAAAUGAAACUGCUCAAGGCAAAGAUGGAGAACAUGAAUCUGAGUAAAAAGCCUAAGAAAACCGUCAAGGUGAAGCCUCGCCCUCCCAUGACCCCUCGACCAUCGAGUGGCUCGGUGGCUGCUGCCCGUCACCGCUUUCUCAGAGUGCUGCCCCACAUCGGACAGUCGUGCCUACCUCCUCCUGGGAAUGUGCAUCAGUCAGAGUCUCCCCAAAACGCACUUUCAGCAUUGGCUACUUUGGCCACUGCUGGUAGAACAAUGCCAUCCACAGCUAAUCACUUCCUGAAGGAAGACGACACUUGGCAGAGCAGCUCUUGGUCUCAGCCAGUCAAUAGCAUCAGGUUACCACCGAAAAUAUCUCGCGUUGAACUAGAAAAUGCAAAGCUACCUACAAAUAGUAUUCUGACUCCUGUUUCAUCCCUGCCUGCAAAUUCAGAAAAAGCACCUGAAAAUGUGACCUCAGCAAGUGAGGAGGAUGCUGGUUUGUUUCCACAUCUGACAAACGUGGAACUAUAUGGAAGAGAAGACGAACAUCUACCUGAACCAGAUGCUUUUACUUUUUUAACAGAAGGCAGCACUGCUGAACAGUGUAGUGAGAUAUAUGACAUAGGAAAGGUGAACCCAGAGCUUGAACUGCCUGAUGGAGACAAAGAUUCUGAGGUUGUAGAGCAGCAUAGAAAACCUGUUGGCAAAGUGCUGAGCACUGCAGCAAUGGAGACUGGUCUUCUCAGUACUCGUGAAUUAAGUCCUCAGAAAAAUCUGCUUUUGUCUCCCCUCCGGUAUUCAGCGCAAGUGGCACAUCACAGUACUCUGAAACCACAAGCACAGCCCAGAUGCUUCGAGGCUGGUAACUUGAGAUCUGCGGCCUCCCCAAAUGUGCUUCGAUCGUUGGAAGUACGUAGUAUAGCAGACUCCUCUUUUCCUAGGACCACUAGAUUUUGUAGUGUGAAAGUAGAGUCACUUGGCAAAAGACCUGAUGUAAUUUCUAAAGCAGAGGCUAGGGACAUCACAGAUGUGGCUAGCAAGGUAUCCAAAGAACCUGCGAGUUCUGUAAGUAGCUUAGGAUUCCUGGCUUCGCUGGCCCGAAGCACAAACAGGGAAAGUUUACAGAGUUCCUGUGGGACUGACAGGUUUCGGACUUCUGGUAUUGCACUGCCUACAAGCCUGCAGCAUUUUCAGGAAGAAAGCUUUAGGAAAACUGCUCCUCCAAAUGAAGCUGCUGAAUAUAUUCUAUCUGCACAUGGGCUUGGAAUGAAUGGAAGUAUGGCAGCUGUAGGGAAAAGAGUAGCAGGUGAAGCAACCCAUCUUCCACCUGUGAAUGGCUUAAUUCAAGCAAAAAAGAAAAUUUCAAAGCACUGCUUUCUUUGUGGCAAGAAAACUGGAUUGGCAACCAGCUAUGAAUGCAGAUGUGGAAACAACUUCUGUGCAACACACCGCUAUGCAGAGACUCACACUUGCACCUACGACUACAAGAGUGCAGGACGGAGGUAUUUACAGGAGACCAACCCCAUCAUUAGUGCACCAAAGCUUCCCAAAAUUUGACAUGGUUGUGCUGCAUGUGGCCACUCUGCUGUUGAAGAAUUGUGUUGAAUUGAGAGAAGCACUUGCUUAAACUGCAUAAUUUCGCCAUGCUCCGUAUUUAAAGAUUUGCCAAGUAACAAAAGCACAUGAGGAUGCAUCGAAGAAUAAUGUGAACACUACUGCAGUUAAAACUUUUCUUCUUGAAUGAAUGAAAGGUUAAAAAUGAGUUUCUGAAAACUUACACUAUGAUUUAACUGUUACUGCACGUGUUGUGUUUUAUAUUUGGAAAAGCUAUUUCACUAGACAAGUCUUUAAAGAUGCACUUUACUAACUUUACUGUAUAACCAGAGUUGAGGGGGUGUUGUAAUGAGGGUGUCACGUAAUGUCUUCUGUACUCUGGUUUUGUCCAUUGUGUGGUAUCUUCUAAGUUAUUUCACUAGAAAGAACCCUCUCCCUCCCCUUUCUUCAAACAGCCUGUUUUGAAAUCUUAAGGGGAUAGUGUGUUCCACCCCUCUGUUUCAUUCUGAUUGAUAUUUGUACAUUGUGUGUCCAUUCUGAAAAUUACAUAUCAUCUUAAUCACAUUUUCUUAAAAUAAUGCUGUUUAUAUGACAAGUUUGUUUUUAAAUAGAAGGUUCCCUGUUUGUUGCCAUUAAAUAUAAGAAACAACUUAUUUUAACUUUUUUUGUAAUCCUAGAUUUUUUUAAGACUUCACAACUUGCUUUGUUAAGAUGUUGAAUGCUGUUA